UGCUUUUUUACCAGAGCGACUUAUCUCUGGCAACAGCCUACCAAUACUAUUCGACGAAUCCGAAACCCCAGACCUCGCUCAUCUCACCCACCCAUCUCAUCUAGACCUGGGCUUAUACAUCUGCACGAUCCUUGGAGAGCAUCCAUACAGAUGCGUGUAUUUCCAGACGGGUAUAUACAUGACAGGGUAUGGAUACAUCCCAGAGCACUCGUGUCUCUCAACACGACUGUGCCCGCCGCACGUGAAGGCUCUACGCCCCAAAUGUACAAAUUCAGUUCCUGCCCAAACUCGUAUCCCCCGCGCGUUUGAUGUAUGCAUGUCUCAGGCAAAGGCGCAAGCAGGAUUUCUCAUGCGGUUGUUUAGACCCCCGGGGGUUGCGAUGUCUCUCACACCUACAUGGACGGGUGGCUGCCAUGCACUACAUAUAUGCGAAAACCCUCCGUGUACUAGAUAUGUGACGUCGUUCUUCCGUUCCCCAGACUAA